AAGAAACACGGGAGAGCUUCCGGUCGUCUGUCACUGAGGCUGGAAGAAAUACUAAACUGAUAUUUAUUUCGCUUUAUGCUGAUCCGUGCACACACAAUUACACACCCACACAUACACACAGCAUGUCUUUCUGCAAAUUUUUCGGAGGUGAGGUCUACAAGGAUCAUUUCAAACCAGGGAUGUAUGUGUGCUCCCAGUGUAACCACCCGCUGUUCUCCAGUCGAUCAAAGUUCGCCCACUCGUCUCCGUGGCCAGCGUUCACCGACACCAUCCGAGAGGACAGCGUCACCAGGAUGAUGGAGAGCCUCACUGCCUUCAAGGUUCUGUGUGGCAAGUGUGGCAACGGGCUGGGUCAUGAGUUUGUAAAUGACGGCCCGGAGGAGGGAGUGUCACGAUUUUGAAUAUUCAGUACCUCGCUCAAGUUUGUCCCGAACAAAGGUAA